CGGCGACAGUCAAACGUGAAGCACGAAUUACAUAUUUUUCGCUGCUGUAAACGAUAAGAAGAAGCAUAAGCGAAACGCGCCUUCCAAAACGAAAGACUUAGGCGACAAACUUGAACUUGCCUAUAUGUGUGCAGUUUGUGCAUUGUGUAUGUAAAAGAGUUUAUAAACAUAAAAUAACGGUAAAUGCCUAACACUAAACGUCGCAGUCUCAACAUGAUAUCCAAAAGACUCUCGUGUCCGGUGCUUUUGCUGCCCCCGCUCCUCCUCCUCCCCCUCAUCGGACUCUUGCUCUGCCAUGAGACAAAUUCCAUUGCCAUUGCGCCCUCAACAUUUGGCACGGCCAUCGCACGAGCUGGAAAGAUUUCAAAUACAUUAAAGGAGACGACGGCAUGGAAAACAUUGACCUCGCAUCCCAAUUCGCUGGUGCAAUUGUUGCCCUCGCGAGCCAUGCGAGUGGUGCAGGAGGUGGUGCGAUCACUGCGGAAGGAGCGUGAAAUUGUGGCAAGCACAACAUUGGGCAAGGUGCGGGGCAGGUACCAGAAGUAUCGCUCGGGUGAGAGGGGGGGAUACUACAGCUUCAAGGGAAUGCGAUAUGGUGCAGCGCCAAUUGGAGCCAGGAGAUUCCGUGCUGCGGAGCCAGAGAAGCCUUGGUCGGGUGUGAGAGAUGCCUCGAGGGAGGGUCAAAGUUGUCCACACAAGAACAUGAUACUGGACACCUUCAAGGGAGAUGAGGAUUGUCUGUUUUUGAAUGUGUUCACCACACGCAUGCCCAAGGAAGAUGAGUCACAGCCUAAAUUACCUGUCAUGGUUUGGUUGCAUGGCGGCGGCUUCUCCUUUGGCUCCGGCAAUUCAUUUCUCUAUGGCCCGGACUAUCUGGUAGCCGAGGACAUAGUUCUGGUCACCAUAAACUAUAGGCUUGGUCCACUUGGCUUUCUAACUGCCGGACCAGAUGCACCAGGCAAUCAGGGAUUAAAAGAUCAGGUAUUGGCUCUCAAAUGGGUCAGGGAUAACAUCGAAGCCUUUGGUGGAGAUCCCAAUCAAGUGACGAUAUUUGGGGAAUCCGCUGGCGCUUCUUCAGUGCAGUUCCUGCUGCUUUCCCCCCUGGGCAAGGGUCUCUUCCAUCGCGCCAUUUCGCAGAGUGGCUCCGCCUUGAAUCCCUGGUCCAUGGCAGCCGGUUCAGGUCAAAGGGCAGCUCGUCUGGCUGCCAAUCUUGGCUAUGUGGGUGCCAAUAAUACUGAGGACAUUUUGGACUUUCUGAGACGCGUUCCCGCCAUGAAACUGGUGGAAGCAGCGCCCACAACAAUCACGGCGGAGGAUCAACGCAACAACAUCGGACUGCCGUUUGUGCCCGUUGUGGAAGGAUACUGGAAUCAGGAGUCGCAGGAGGAGAACUACCUGGAACAGCCCUUUUUAACCCAACAUCCCAGUGAUAUGUACAAGGAGCACAACUUCAACAGCGAUGUGCCCUACAUGACGGGUUAUAACACACAUGAAGCGAUGCUUUUUAUAAGAAGGCUGCGCAAAAAUCCACAGCUGCUGGGCAUCAUUGAGAACGACUUUGGACGCCUUGUGCCACAUGAUCUAAAUGCUAGCCAAGUCCAUGACAGAGCUACCCGGGAAAUACGAUCCUUUUAUCUGGGCAACAAGCAUGUGGGCCUCGAGUCUGUGGAUGAGAUGAUAGCGCUCCUCACUGAUCUGAUGUUCCUGCAAGGCAUUCGACGCACAGCUCGAAAUCAUGCCCGAUAUGGCAACGCUCCCGUCUAUAUGUAUCGCUUUGCCUUCGAUGGAGCUCUCGGCUUGUAUAAGCGCAUGUUGGGCAUUCCUCGGCCAGGUGUCUGUCAUGGCGAUGAGAUGGGCUAUCUGUUCAAAUUUGGCUUCUUCAAUCUGAGCUUGGAUCCAAAGUCGAUGGAGGUGCAGGUGAAAAAUCGCAUGGUUCGCAUGUGGACAAACUUUGCCAAAUACGGCUCACCCACGCCGAAUUUUGAGGAUCCCAUACUGACCACCAAAUGGACUCCAAUUGAUGCCACAAAUGUGAUGAAUAGUCUCAACUAUUUGGAUAUUUCACAUGAAAUCAAUAUGAAAACAAAUCCGGAGCCAGAGCGUCAACGAUUCUGGGAUGAGAUGUAUCAACAUUAUAAUGGUGCGGCAAUGUGAAGUUGCAUGCCACAUAUAUACACAUAUAUCACCAUGCACAUUGCUCACCCAUACACACACACACACACACACAAACACACAUACAUUUACACGUUUUUGCCAUUUUGUGACAGAGUGAGCAGAAGAAUAUUUAAUGCAAAUAUCAUUGUAAAAUUAUCUUAGUCUGUAGCAAUUAGUUAUUUAGUUGAUUUAGCGUUUAGUUUGUACAUAAGUGUUGCAGCAUUUAUACACAAAUACACACACACACACAUACACACACACACACGUGCAUACCAAUACCAAUACGUAGUUUAAGCAUACCCAAAGCCAACAAAUCUUUUCCUUACUUCUCAUAUGCAAUAUCAGGUGUAAAUAGUCAAAAGUCUUACAAGUGUCCACUGUUCAAUUUGAAUACUGAGUCAACUGACCAGGCCCAUAAUAAAUUUGUUAACGUGUAUGCCGGCAAAAUCCUUGACACACGUCUUUUUGUAUCGUAUGUAAAA